AUGGAGGCGCGCGGCGUCGGGGCGCUCGACGCCUCCGCAGCCUCCAAGCUUCGAGACGCGCUCCUGCUCGCGGCGGCGGAGGUACACGCCGACGCCGGGGUCGUGUUGGCGACGUCCCCCGACGCCUCUAGCGCGCUUCAACACGCGUGGCUUCGGGCGUGUCCCAUCGUCGACGGCGCCGACCUGGAGACGCACGUCGCGGUUGCGCUCUUCUGGGGCCUACACAGGGACGAGCGUCGUGCGGCGUCGGCGACGGCGGGAGGCUACGAUGCGGCUGAACGACGCGACGAUGCGGUGGGACGUGACGGCGCGCGCGCCAAGGACGUCGCCGUGACGUCCUCGUUCGGCACCGUCCGUCGGCUCACCGCCCUCGAGCUCGCCGCCGCCGUGUGCGAUGCCAUCUCCCCCGACGCGAGGAAGUCGACGCUGGUGGACGCUCGGCCGGCUCCCGGAGACAGCGGCGUGAUCCACAUAACCACGCGCGCGCAUUACGAGGCGCGGCGCGGCGCCGGGCAGCUGAGAUGCUCCACGUGCGGCAGGUUCGUCGCCGGGGAUCGCGCGCUGUGGUGGCACCAGAAGACCAGACACGGCGUGCACCACUCAGAAGCCGUGGACGCCGUGGAGGAUGAGCUGCGCGCGCUGUCCACGACGGUGGUCGGAUCGGCGCCCAGCGCGGGAUUCGAACCCUCGACGCUCGGAUCCGCCACGGACGCGUCGACGCCACCCGGGAGGACAGCGCGGAGCGCCGACGACCUCGCCGCCGGUCUCGCGGGCGGCGGCGAAGCUCUGGACGCGCUCAUAGCCUCCGGGAAGGUCGAGGCCUUACCCGAUCCCGGGCUGGAGGCGGCGCGGCGCGGGGACGUGGACGCGCUUCGACGUCUCGUUAAAGACGAGGGGUGGGACGCGAACGCCGCGGUGGACAGGCACGGGAGCGGCGCGCUCCUGUGGGCCGCGGGGGCUGGCCGCCUCGACGCUGUUAAGUUUUUGGUCGAGGAGGCGGGCACGGACCCGGCGACGACGUCGCAGGCUGGGAGGAGGGCGUACGCGGGCCGGACCGCGCUGCACUGGGCAGCGCGUAACGGCCACGUCCACGUCAUGGAGUACCUGGUGAUCAGCCGGGGCGUGGACGUCGACGCGAGAACCGCGGAGGGCACCACCGCGUUUGCGUGGGCGUGUUGGCGCGGGCGCGUCGACGCGAUGCGCUGGCUCGUGGAAAAAGGCGAGUGUCGAUUCGGGGCGGUGAAUACGUUCGGAUGCAACGCGGCGAUGUGGGUGGUGCAGGGCGGGGCGGGUCUGGACGCGUGCCGGUACGUUCGCUCGUUGGGUGUGACGUUUCGUCUCCUAAACGCCAACGGUCACUCGGCGGUGCACAAGGCGGCGCAGCGGGGCAGGCGGGACGUGUGCGCGUGGCUCCUCGGCCGCGGCGGCGACGACGACGGCGGCGGCGGCGACGACGGCGGCGGCGGCGGCGACGCGGACGCCAUCGUCGAGAGCGACGCGCCCGAGUCGGACGCGGAGGCUGCGUGGGCGAGGGCCCUCGUCGGUUCCGCGCACCUAGCGCCGGACAACGAGGGGUUCACCCCGGCGGAUCACGCCAGACUGGCGGGUGACGCGCGACUCGCGACGUGGCUGCGCGCGAGGCAACGCGAGGCGUCCGCGCGAGAGUGCACUCGAUUCAUCCGGAACGACGGACGGAACGACGAGACGCUCGCGGCCGUUGCAGAUGAAUGUCGUGGGAACGACUCGGUGGAUCGUCGAGUCCGUGACGCGUCCGGAGUGGAGACGACCUACCCUCCGGCUACGUUUUACGGCGCCGCCGCGGUGGGCGACGUUCACCUCCUCGACGAGAUACUGGACACCGACCCUUACCACGUCAACCAGGACAACGGAACCGGCGCGCCUCUGCACUUCGCGGUGACGUACGGGCGCGUGGACGCGGUGCGCGAGCUGCUCGCCGGCGGAACGCGCGCGGCGGUGAACGUCAACCAGCGGAGCAAAGCCGGAGGUUUCGGUCUGACGCCGCUGCACCUCGCGGCGACGCUCUUCCGCAAGAGACGCGUCGCGGCGGCGGCGCGCGCGGAUCUCGCCGCCGCGGAGGCUGAGCUCGCGUCCGAGGCGUCCGUCGAUCUCACCGGCGCGAAGGAGGAGGUCAUCAAGGCCUUUACGAAGGAGGAGGUCAAGGCGGCGAAAGCCGCGGAGAAGGCUGCGAGGAAGGCUGCGCACCAGCGAGCCGCCGCCGCGCGAAAGGUUCUCGCCACGCACGGCUGUGGGGCCGAGGAGGCGAGGCGAAUGUACCGACUGCUGCUUCAGUCCGGCGCGGACCCGCGCGCCGUCGCGACCGUGCCCGGCCCCGGCGGCUCCACCGUCCGCGUCGUCCCCGCGGACCUGGCCGGAGACGACGACGACGCCGCGGCCGAGAUCGCCGCUCUCGAGUCGGAGGCGACGGAGUCGGUUCCGGAGCCGUUUCCGAGGGUGGACGCGGGCGACUGGAGCGCGGACCUGGCCAGGCCCGUCGCGCGUUCGAACGCGGCGUACGACGUGGACUCUUCACUGGAGUCGCGCCGGAGUACGAACGACGACGCGGCCGCGGAGGUUGGAGCCGAUAACCGCGUCUCCGAGGUUAACGCGGCCGUCGUCGACCCGCGAGACUCGGAUCAGGUCGAGGCGCUCUUCUUGAACGCCGCCCUCGAGGCUGGUUCGGCUUUUGGGGAGGUUCCCGCGCGCGUGGACGUGCCGGGGGUUCCCGGCGCGUUCUUGCUCAGACGCGUGAUGGGCGCCAAAGCGUGCGCGGCGCUCGUGGACGUCGUGGAAUCGAUGCAGCCGACGAGAGUUGGGGACAUGAUGGCGCGACAUGACAGCGCGGGCGAGGGGCGAGGAGAGAAGAUGGCGCCGAGGCGGGAGAGCGCCGCCGAGAGGGUCCUCAGGGUCGGCGACAACGUGGAGCUGUUCGACCUCCUCGUCACCGACCCGCUCGCGCUGGUUCCCGCGACGGACGGCCUGGACGGCGAGACGUUCGUGCCCGUGGAGCCCGUGCGCUGGGAGGUGAGCCCGGCCGCGCUCGCGGCGGUGGCUGAGAGGUGCCGGCCGAGCCUCCCCAAGGCUGUGGAGGGAUCCGGCGAGCCCCUCGCGAGGGCCGGUUCGGAGUUUGCCACAUCCCUGCGGUGCUACCGUUACCUUCCGGGCACCGCGUCCUUGCCGCACUACGACAAAUCCACGACGGACGCCGAGACCGGUGCGUUCAGCGCGUACACCGUGGUCGUGUACCUGAACGGCGACGAGCACGGCGGCGGGGUCACGAGCUUCUUCGAGCCCGUGCGUUCAAAGGCGGUGGACGCGGAUGACUUGACGCGAGCGAGCAGAUCCAGCAAGCGGGGCCUGACCUGGGCGGUGGGCGGCGGGACCGCGCCGCUGUAUAAAAUCGUCGCGAGGGUCAAGGGGGGGACGGGUGAUGCGCUGUUCUUUCCUCACGGCGGCAGGGUAGCGGGGCGGAAUCCGCUGCACGAGGGGUCGCCGGUCACCGGGAAAAUCCCCAAGUACAUCUUGCGAACGGACCUCAUGUUCGGGCGCGAUUAG